UUUUUUUUUUCUUUAUUAUUAACAACAAUAGAGAGAAAGUGAGAGCGGGAGAGAUGGGGAAUUGCUGCAAUGGAGUCUCUUACAUCUGUUGUCGCUGUUCGUUUCUUUUCUUUUCCUUUUCUACAUUCAAGAUUCUUCCAAGCCAUCUCAAAGGAAUUGCAGUCUUCUUCCUUACAGUCACUAUUGGAUUGCAAGCAAGCGCAUUGUGACACCAGAAGGGAUUCUUUCUGGUGCAGGGUAGGCAUGCACAUCUAGAUGAUCCAUGGAGAGCUGAAUGGGAGGGAUUUCCUUCAGGGACUAAAGCAACUGCCGCAAUCUUUUAUGUGCCCUUCAGGGAUCAAUGACUUUCUUAUGACAGAUGCCAGUCAUAUUAAGGUUAGUAUCUGAUACUUGAAUUGAACUCAACAGAUGGUAAAGCUUGUCUUCCUUUUGAAACAGAGCACUUUUGCAUUUCUGUUCACUUCUUUUCAAUUUUCUUUAGUUUUGUAAUAAUGCACAAAUAAUGAAGUCUUUUGAUGAAGUUCUUUUGUCACUUAAAUCAGUUUUUGAAACAUUGGUAAUGUUUAGGCCAUCUGCUGAAAAUCAUAGCAAUUUGCUGCUUUAGGCAGGGCUAUCUGUAUUGGCCAAAUACAGAAGACCUUUACUUGUAUAUUCAGAGAUUCAACAAGAUGUUGAAAGCCACUUGCAGGUUGAAGAUGAUGAUGAUGAUCCUUGAUCAUAUUCAACUUAUCUUAAGACAAGGCCACCUUCUUGGGAGGAGGCAGCUAUUAGAGAACUUUUGACUGUCACAAAGGACACGAGGAUCGGUGGUCCAUCAAAAGGAAGCAAAAUGGAGUGGUGACAGCAUAACUGUUGAGACUGGCCCUCAUUUAUUUAGCGCUUUCAUCGGAAGAGAUUCCAGAUAGAGAUACUCAUUUCAAGUGUGCUCCACCUAUCUGUGAUGCAGCCAAUAAAGAAAAAUUAUGGAAUGCUUUAAUGGUAUUACCAUUAACUUUUAGGGUGUUAGCAGCUAUCAUAGUUCUAGUUUCUUCAAACAUUUUGCUUCUCUAUUUUCUAUUCUGUUCCAGGAAGGACAUAUUGAUAUGCUAAGCUCUGAUCAUUCACUAACAGUCCCAGAACUUAAACUCCUGAAUAAUGGUAACUUUUUGAGGGCUUGGGGUGGCAUAUCAUCUGUACAGGUUGGUGAUUUUCCAUUUUCAGAAAAAUUAUCUGAAGUAACUGUUUACUUUCUUCUGUAUAUAUAAAAUUUAACUACCAUCUUUAGUAGCACUAAUUUAUGAAUAUUACAGUCUAAAUUUCAAACAAGUUUGGCCUGUAAAUUACCAUAACCCUCAAUAUUAUCUUUCUGGAUUGAAGGUUGAAAUUUGGUGAAACCACUUUGAUCUGCUACAUGUUGUUAUGCAGUUUCACUUUUCGGAAAAGAUAUUUAGUACUUUUAGUUUGGUCAACAUAGUUAUCUACAUGAUGGAUUGACAAUAAACCAGAACUUGAUACUGUAAUAAUGAACUAAAAGUGUAGGAAAAAGAAUUUAGCAACCAAAAUUAAGCGGUUGACAACAUGAAUAGACUUGCUUAUAUGGCCCUUCUUACCAUCUUUCAUACACCUAUUUUGUCAUUUACUCACAUUCUCUCUUCAAUCAUUAUAUAUUCUUACCGGGUGUGAACUGAUCAAUGACAAUCUAUUGAGACAUCUGUGGUUUGUUCUUCCUGUGACAUGCGAAAAUUUGGAGUAACAUUGGAGCAUUUAGCUUUAUGGUAGAGUGAAAGGCCUGCGAAGCUUGCCAGACAGCAUUUGAAGGUCAAUAUCUUGAAUCAUCUUUUCAUAUUCACUUCCAUUGAUUCUUUUUUGAUGUAUUAUGAAGGAAGAAUGUGGAGAUCGUGCGGACAUUGUCAUCUGGGAACCUGAAGUGGAAUUUGACCUCAAUGCUGAUCAUCCUAUGUAUGUGAAAAAUCCAGCAUGUAUCUGGAUGCCCUAUAUAUCUGGAAAAGUGUUGGCGACUGUUGUAAGAGGGAACCUCGUGUACAAGGAAGGGAAUCAUGCUUCUGCUGACACUGGUGCUCUAAUCCUCGCAGCAUAGAAAAGGGAAAGAUUACUGGAUUUCGUAAACAUCACAACAAGCAAUCAAUGAGAACACCGCCAGCGUCACCGCCGCUACUCUCUCUCAACGAGACCCUUCAAACCUAAACUCAUCAGCUCGCUGGCCAAGUCAUCCAAACUUGCUGCCGCCCUCCAAAGCGAAACCCUUAAAACCUUAGAAUGGCAUUCCUUAUGCAAUUACCUUUCUUCCUUCACAUCUACAUCUAUGGCCCUCUCCCUCACGAAAACCGCCGCAAUUCCCGUAGGUCAAUCCCACGAAGAGUCCCAGAAGCUUCUCGACCAAACCACCGCCGCUUUGCACGCCAUGGAGGCCUUGAAAUCACAACCGUUGGAUCUCUCGGCCAUCGAAGACGUCUCAGGAAUCCUCCACUCUGCGGUUUCAGGGCAGAUGCUAACCGUAAGGGAGCUUUGCAGAGUUCGAAGGAUGCUUGGCGCCGCCAGGGCCGUCUCGGAGAAGUUGACAGCGGUCGCCCAAGGAGAUUCUUUAGAGAGGUACCCUCCAUUACUUGAAAUACUUAAGGGUUGCUAUUUCCAGAUGGAGUUAGAGCAAAAGAUAGGAUUUUGCAUAGACUGCAAUCUUUCAACGAUUCUUGAUAGAGCUAGUGAAGAAUUGGAGCUUAUUAGGGCUGAAAGGAAGAGGAACAUGGAAAAUCUGGAGUCUCUGUUGAAAGAAGUAUCAGUUAAUGUAUUUCAGGCUGGAGGUAUCGACAGACCUUGGAUAACCAAGCGUCGAUCAAGGAUGUGUGUGGGUGUCAGGGCUUCCCAUAAAUAUUUGCUUCCAGAUGGUGUGGUUCUAAAUGUUAGUAGUUCUGGUGCAACAUACUUUAUGGAGCCCAAAGAAGCAGUUGAGUUGAAUAACAUGGAAGUAAAGCUUUCAAAUUCUGAAAAAGCUGAGGAAAUGGCUAUCCUGAGCCUGCUUACAUCUGAAGUAGCAGAAUCAGAAGCUGAGAUAAAGUAUUUGUUGGAUAGACUUCUAGAAGUUGAUCUUGCUUUUGCUAGAGCUGCAUAUGCUAAGUGGGUGAAUGGUGCCUGUCCGAUUUUAAGUUCAAAGGAAUCUGAAGUGUUAGUUUCCUAUGGAGCAGAUAAUGCCUUGUCAAUAGAUAUUGAAGGAAUACAGCAUCCACUUCUGCUUGGGUCUUUUCUUAGAAAUUUCACAGAUUUCAUUGCAUCCAACUCUGCAGAUCCAUCUGUAUUGGAUGAGAAAAGUGGUGGUAUGCCUGCUGUAAAGUCUUCAAAUGGUAAAUCCAGCUUUCCUGUUCCUAUAGAUAUCAAAGUUCAAUGUGGAACAAGGGUGGUUGUUAUCUCAGGGCCCAAUACCGGGGGUAAAACUGCUUCUAUGAAAACUUUGGGGCUGGCAUCUAUUAUGUCAAAGGCUGGCAUGUAUUUGCCUGCUAAGAAGCAGCCAAGACUUCCAUGGUUUGAUCUUGUUCUUGCAGAUAUUGGGGAUAGCCAGUCUUUGGAACAAAGUCUUUCAACAUUUAGUGGGCAUAUGUCUCGAAUUUGUGGUAUCUUGGAAGUAGCCUCAAAAGAAUCACUUAUCCUCAUUGAUGAAAUUGGGAGUGGAACUGAUCCUUCAGAAGGUGUGGCUUUAUCUACCAGUAUCUUGCAGUAUGUCAAAAAUUGUGUUAACUUAGCUGUUGUAACAACGCAUUAUGCGGAUUUAAGUCUCCUUAAAGAUAAGGACUCUCGGUAUGAGAAUGCAGCCAUGGAAUUUUCUCUGGAGACCUUACAACCUACCUACCGGAUUCUCUGGGGUAGCACUGGUGAUUCAAAUGCAUUGACUAUUGCUAAAUCAAUUGGUUUUGAUAGAAGUAUAAUUGAACGUGCAAAGAUGUGGGUGGAAUGUCUAAAGCCAGAAAAGCAGCAGGAGCGCAAAGGUGUGCUAUAUCAAUCACUGAUGGAGGAAAGGAGGAGGUUGGAAACUCAGUUCAAGAGGGCUGAAUCUCUACAUGCAGAAAUUAUGGAACUUUAUUAUGAGGUUAGGGGUGAGGCAGAGAAUCUUGAAGAGCGUGAGAUAGCUCUCAGGGCAAAGGAAAUCCGAAAAGUUCAGCAAGAAUUAAAUGCUGCAAAAUCUCAAAUUGACACUGUGAUACAGGAGUUUGAGAAUCAGCUCAGAACUGCUGAUUCUGAUGAUUUUAAUUCGUUGAUUAGGAAAUUUGAAUCUGCAAUUAACUCCAUUGUAAAAGCUCACCACCCUGGUGAUUGUUUCUCUAUUACCGAAAGAGAUGCAAGUUCAUAUCUACCUCAGACUGGUGAGAAAGUCCAAGUGAAGAGACUAGGAAACAAAAUUGCUACUGUUGUUGAACCAUCUGAGGAUGACAACACCGUAUUAGUCCAAUAUGGUAAAAUUAGGGUCCGUGUUGAAAGGAGCAAUGUUAGACCUAUUUCAAGUGGCAAAAGAAAUGACACAAUCAGCCCUAGGCGGAGUUUGAAAAGACAGGGAGAACGGAGCAGAGAGUUCCUGAGUAAUUCAGAUGCUACAAACAGUGAUGCAAUUGCAUAUAGCCCAUUAAUUCGGACAUCAAAAAACACUGUAGAUCUCCGUGGUAUGCGAGUGGAAGAGGCUGCACACCACCUUGACAUGGCCAUCUCUGCAAGAGGAUCAAAUUCAGUUGUCUUUGUUGUGCAUGGCAUGGGCACUGGCGUCAUUAAGGAGCGAGCACUGGAAAUAUUAAGAAAUCAUCCACGUGUGAUUAAGUAUGAACAGGAAAAUCCAAUGAAUUAUGGAUGUACAGUUGCUUACAUCAAGUGAAGGACAAUCAUUUUCCUUUUACUCGAGUUCAUAUUCAGUAUAGAUUUGUAUACACGCAUGCAGUUAAAUUUAAGUGAUUUUUUUGUUGGCAAUUUUGAUUCAAUUGUAUCCCUUCGGUUAAGUUGCAGCCCCGUAGUAAAGUCGUAGCAAUAGCAAUGCUAGCUUGCAUUCAUCAUCAAUCAAUCUAGCUGUCCAGUUCGAAUUUUUCUGAAUAAUCCAUCAUUUCUGUUUUUUUGGGAUGCGUAAUGUGACUUGUAAGCCCACCUGAAGAAGAAACCAAAAAUUUUGGCACCAUACCUGCAUGCAAGCCAUGUCUUAUCUUCAGAUUUCAGACUACACGUUAGACCCAACCAAAGGCUUUGAGCUGCCACAUGCACAAUCCCAAACGUAAUCCUUUUCUGUAAGCUAGUGAACGUCAGUUAUUCUUUCAGUUACAAAGAACAAUUAGAG